AUGAUGACGCUCGACGAUGAAGACGAGCAGCGUGGCAAGAUGCCUCGACUCAUGGAGCCGCAGGGCGAGGGCAACGGCGCCCCCACAGACCCGCUCGUGCAGCUCUUGAAUGCGGUCAACUACAUCAGGCGAGACAUGGUCACCCGCGAAGAUCUUCGCACAGACCUCCAAGGCAUGAAGGUGCAGAUCCAGUUGCAGGCCGACAACAUUGCGGUCUUAGACACUCGCAUGUCGAAGCUCGAGCAGGACACCAAGGCCUCAUACGACGUAGUACAGAAGCUCGCGACGGCCACCAUGGACGAGAAACUCCAGAGCAUGGCGCAGAAGUACGACGACAAGCUCAAGGAGCUCGUGGCGCCAAAGAUCCACAACUUCACGACAGCGUACAGCAUUGCGUUCGAGACUAAUGAGCAGGCCAAGGAGUUUGUGCAACGAGUCAAUGCCUUCGGUGUACAGUGGCACGACCCCAUGGCUAGCCAGGCGGUGGACCUCAAGGUGCGGAUGGACGUGCCCGUGGAAAUUAGCCGUGUGAACCGCCUGCUCGGCAUCCUCUGGUCCAAGGUGCACGAGACGGCCAUCGCGAAUAACAAAUGUUCGGUUGGGUAUCGGUUAGGAGCACAGGGAUAUCGUGGUAACCUCUGGCUCAUGCAGGGUGAUGAAGUUGAUGCACUGUUCACUGUCAAGGGUGCUGAAACGAUGCAGACGGACAUCCAGCCGAACAUGCCCAAGUUGAUGAGCCUGGGCUUUACCGAGCAGAUGGCGAUGCGCUCCUAUGCUAGGGGCCGCCUCAGCCAUCCCAGUCUUGGCCCAGCGGCCGUGUGCAUGACCCCGCCGGUGACGAUGUAUCCUGGGCGGAUGCUGUUUCGCCGCGACGUGAAGCAUGCAGUGUGGGUGCAGUGCCUUCUUUGGGUGGUGCUGCGGCUGCGGCUUACGUUGGCGAUCCAGAUGCUCAUUCGAGCCAGGCCAGCGAGAGCGCACCAGUGAGAAUUCAAUGAUCUGAGCGGCAGCGGCAAGAUUCCUGUGCAACUUUUCCCUCGCCUACUCCUACCUCUGCUUCGUCGAGCUCCUCUGCCUCUUCGCCUUCCACGUCGUCUUCGAGUGUGAC